UUACACUUAACGUUUUUCAUGGCCAUACGACACCGUAUCCAGCUUCCCAAUUCUUUUCUUCCUCCUCUUUUUGAGAUCAUCAAUCAAUGGAGAGACACAUACAGAUCUUCCUCAACAAGCUGUCAUUUGCAGCAAUAACCAUUGCUACAUUAACCCUUUUACUUCUUUACCUUCAGACCCCUGAAACCUGCGUGGAUCAAUCCGACCCGAACCCGAAGCCCCACACGCGGUUCCCCAGAACGACCUGUGACUUCACCCACCGCUCCCACACCUCCCUUGACAAGCGCAACCGCCGUAGCUGGUCUACAAAUGCCUGGGUCCGGGCCGUGUCCUCCUAUACCUCCCUCUUCAAGACACUCCAGGUUCAAAGCCACAUUUCGAACCAUUCCCGGGUUUUGAUUGUGUCUGCCGGGCCGGGCCAGGCUGUCAUGGCGCUGAAUAAUAUGGGUGUCACUGAUGUAACGGGUGUGGAGUUAGUGGAUUCUCCGCCACUAGUGAGCCGGGCGGAUCCACAUAAUUUGCCUUUUUUUGAUGGGAGUUUCGAUUUCGGCUUCAGCGGGUAUUUGGAUCGGGCAUUGUUUCCAGGUCGGUAUGUGGCUGAGAUGGAGAGGACGGUGAGCAGUGGGGGUGUUUGCGUCGUGGCUGUGGAGGAGUGUGGGGCGCGGGAGGUGGAUGAAGUGGUGAAAUUGUUUAAGAGAUCGAAGUUUCUUAGUGCAAAGAAUGUGACUUUGGCAGGGGAGAUGAUGACGAGAAUUAUAAUGAGAGUUAUGAAUCAUUCCUGAAGCUUGGAUUUUGGAUUAUCUUGACAGGUACUUGGAACUGGCCUUUUUUUUCUGGGUACAUGCGGCGAUUGAGAGGAUGGUGAGAAGUAGCUGUGUUUGUGUUGUGGCUGUGGAGUAUGGGUUAGGGGAGCUGAAGUUGGGAAAUUUUUAAAAAGAUCAAAGUUAGAUGACUUGAAGAAUGUGAAUUUGGUGGGGGAGAUGGUGACAAGAAUUGUAGUGAGAGUUACAAAUCACCCCUGAACCUUGGAUUUUUUGUUAUCUUUUCAGGUUAGAGCACAAGAAUUCUAUGUUUAAAUUUGGUUUGAUAAAUUUGUUGUUUGUGUUCAUAUUGUAAAUAUUAAUUGUACCUGAUUUUGUUAACUAGAUGUUAUUUUGGCAAAGAACCCAUAUUGAUAGUGUUAGAAAUUAUUCCUUUUGCUGGACAAGAUAUAUAUAUAUAUAUAUAUAAGAAAAGAGGGAGAUUUUCCCAAAUCAACAUGGUAUCAAAGCUAGGGCAAAGAGAUUAUGAAAUUUGUUAAUUGUUCUCAAUGGUGGUGGCAAAAGUUUGGGUUGGUAAUUUUGGUGGAAGAAAACCGACACUUACCUAGGUCACCCGUUGGCAGGGAAGAUUGGAAGAGGCUUUAGUGGUGGUGAAACGAGUGUCAUCUCUGCUUUGGGUUCCAUUGGAUUCGAGCAAGUUGGUCUGCUUCGGUGUGAUGGUUGCCGCUGUCGGUGUGUGUGGGGUAACCGAAGUCAGUUUGAGAGGCACGUUGGCUUCAUUAUGUCAUCUUUCUCCCACUUUGGUGAAUCAACUGAGAGCAACCGAUGGAGCUUGGCUAUCGAGGAAAUCUACCUGACUUGGUCAGUUUGGUUUUCAUUAGUUUGGGUUUCGAUUUCAUUAGUUUGGGUUUUGGGCCUUUCUCCAGUGGGUCAAUUUAUUUGGGCUGUCACAGUUUUAGGCCUUCAUUACUAGGUCAGUUUUCUUUUAUUUGGAUUGGCUUAUUUAGUUUGGGCUGCCUCAUUAUUGA